CAAUUUCUCAAAAAAUCUUAUGUUUUGGGAACUCGUGCAGAGGCCAAACCCACCCGUGCACUCUAUCCGUCAGAUCAACCAAAAGUCAUUUCUCUUUCUUCUCUCUCUCUCUUGUUUUAUAUUCUUUUCUUUAAAGAACAAAUUCUUCUGUUUCGCUUUUUCUAGGGUUCCUCGAAUUUUUUUGACGCUUUCUCUUUCAAAGGGUUGACGCAAUAACCCUUUAAGGGGAAACGUUGAGGAAGACACGAAUCAAACAUAAAAGAGGAAGAAAGAGACCAACACGAACAAUAAAGUUGUUCCCUUUUUCUUCUCUCUGCUCAGGAUUGGGCAAAACAAAGAUUCCACCUUUCGGACAAACACAAAGAUUCUGUCUUUGUGUCUGAAUCAUAAAUCUUCCUCCUUUUACACAACAUGACAUCUCCCAAACCCUUCACUUCCCAAGAAGACGCCAUUGUUGAAUCAAACCUAUACCCUUCCCUCUGUUUCCCUGGAGAUCGCUUGUUCUAGCAGAAACAGAGCAUCCUCUGUUUUUGAAGAAUCUUUUCUUUGUGUGUAAUCAUCGACUCUGUUUUUUCUUUCUAGAUGGGUUGCGUUCAAUGCAAAUGUUGUAGCCGUUACCCACCUUCAUCAUCAUCAUCAGGAGAUUCUCGUAGACGUGGCGGAGACGCUAAGGUCAAACCCGGCGUCGUCGUUGAGAAGCCUCUCUCGUCAUCAAUCCAGGUCCCUUCUCCCAAUUUCGACAUGGUUUACUCUGUUCUCUCUCAGCGAGGGUACUACCCUGACUCACCUGAUAAGGAGAACCAAGACGCUUACUGCAUCAAAACCGAGCUCCAGGGAAACCCUAACGUUCAUUUCUUCGGCGUCUUCGAUGGCCACGGCGUGUUCGGUACGCAAUGCUCGAGUUUCGUUAAGGACAGAGUCGUGGAGAUGCUGUCUGAAGACCCUGCUCUGCUUCAAGAUCCGGAGAAGGCUUACAAGUCUGCUUUCUUGAGGGUUAACGAGGAGUUGCACGAGAGCGAGAUCGAUGAUUCGAUGAGUGGGACCACUGCCAUUACGGUUCUUGUCGUUGGGGACAAGAUCUAUGUCGCUAAUGUAGGUGACUCGAGAGCUGUGUUGGCUGUUAAAGACAGGAACAGAGUUCUAGCAGAGGAUUUGUCUUAUGAUCAGACGCCUUUCAGGGAAGAUGAAUGCGAGAGGGUGAAAGCGUGUGGAGCAAGAGUGUUGACUGUUGAUCAAGUUGAAGGGUUGAAAGAUCCGAAUAUACAAACAUGGGCUAGCGAAGAGAGCGAAGGAGGUGACCCGCCUAGGCUUUGGGUACAGAACGGGAUGUAUCCAGGAACAGCGUUCACGAGAAGCGUUGGAGACUGUACAGCUGAGGGGAUUGGUGUUACCGCAGAGCCUGAAGUGUCUAUGGUUCAUCUUUCGCCGAAUCAUUUGUUCUUUGUUGUUGCAAGUGAUGGGAUCUUUGAGUUUCUUCCAAGCCAAGCUGUUGUUGAUAUGGUGGGGAGAUAUGCUGAUCCGAGAGAUGGAUGUGCAGCAGCUGCAGCGGAAUCAUACAAACUGUGGUUGGAGCAUGAGAAUAGGACUGAUGAUAUCACAAUUAUCAUUGUACAAAUCAAAAACCUGUCUAGUGAAUGAUAAUGAUCAUGAUGAUGGCAUGGUUCAAAGUUCCUAUUUGCCCCCUUUGUUUGUUAUGUACUCUUUACUAUGUGUUACAUAUUCAUCAUAUAUAGCAAGUAAAAGUAAUGCUCUC